CAAAUAUAGCUAAUUUGUAAUUUUUUCGUGAAAACCAAUAGUAUUCACCUGUUUCUCCACCAUCUGGGUAACAUCCAAAAUAAAAUGUCGGAAUAAAAAUUAGAAUUCCCCCAACCUCAUCACGUAGACGCACCUUUACGUAGGCCCUUAAAACGCAUAACAAGUUUGUGACAAAACGCAGGCGGCUCACGCCACCACUUUAAUACCUCUAAUUAUUGUUCACCCAAUUUCAUUUUCCAAAAUUCACCUUUUUUUCCUCUUCAAAAAACUCACAUUUUGCAAAACCAAUAAGCUUAAACUCUCUCUCUCUAUAUACAUAUAUACUCUUCACCUCUUUCUUCAGGCGAAACAGGUUUUUGUCUUUUGUGUGUGUGUGUUUGAAUUGUCAGGGGGCAUGGAGACAAGUACAAAUCCGAUCCAGAUGGUUAGAGCUAAAUCUGAGCAGGAUCGGAUAAAGGUGAAGAGGAAAACACUAGAAGCAGUGUUACAGGAAUGCCAAAGAGCUCUAGAAUUGCUUAGUAGUAGUGGUAACGUUGAAGAUGAUGAUGAUGAUGAUACAGAUGAGUCCAAUUCUAACACUGAUGUUGACCGUCAUGACUCCGGUCAAGGUUCCUCUGCUGAUACAGAGACCGAUGAGCUGCGAGAUCUCCUGAAAUCUAGAGUUGAAUGUCCAGAUUUCCUUCAAAAGCUAGAAAAUGCUCAAGCAUCUGUUCCACAAAACUCAGCUGAAGGCGGUUCGUGGGACAUGGUCAAUGAGAAUGACCUUUGGGAAGGUGGAGAUCCUGAGUUAGAUGGAGAAGACUAUGUUUUAGUUAGGCAAGAAGAUAUAGUGGAUGGUAUAGCUUGCUUUAUGGCUGCAUACCUGUUGUCUCUUAAGCAGACUAAGGAUUUGACACCAAACCAACUCCAAGAUGCCCUCAGCAAGACAUUCUCUCUGAAAAAGAAGAAAGGAAAGCUCCGAAAGGCAUGGGAUGGAAGCAAAGUUAUUUACAAUGUAGCAUCUUGGGGGGCUACAGCUAUUGGGAUAUACCAAAACCCAGCUAUUCUAAGAGCUGCAUCAGCAGCGUUCUGGACCUCCUGCCGUGUGAUAUCAAAGCUCUUUUAAUUAGCAGUUCUGGCUUGGCUGAAAUUCUGAGGCUUUGCCUGCACGUUGUACGUGUGCUUGUGCUUCUGGUUUAGGUUAUUGGUUCUUUAAUGUGUAAUAUAAAUGCCAUUCUUUCGUUCAAUGCACAUCCUAGUGUUCUCUGUAUUUAAUCAUGUAAAUAUUUCGCCAAUUGAAUAGCCUGUAUGCAGAAUGAUUGGGCUAAUCUCAUCUUCUUGUUCGAUUAUUAAUUCUCUGCUGACCGCAGUUGGUCGUGAA